CACCGAGCUCCAUGCUUAGAGUUGGCCAAUCACAGCUGCCGUUACUCACUGAAACGUUUUCGGUCUGAGGUCGUUCUUGUCUUAUCUUGUUUUGCCAGAACUACAGACGCCGACUGCUGUGAUCCACCGACUCACCGGUCACUGGUCCACAGUGAAGCCCAGUCCAUCAUGGCUGACAUUAAGAACUUCCUGUACGCCUGGUGUGGGAAGAAGAAAGUGACUCCUGACUAUGACAUCAGAACAGCAGGAAACAAAAACAGACAGAAGUUCACGUGUGAGGUCAGAGUGGAAGGAUUCGGCUACACUGGGAUGGGAAACUCGACCAACAAGAAGGACGCCCAGAGCAACGCGGCCCGCGACUUUGUCAACUACCUGGUCCGGAUUGGGGAAAUCAAUGCUGCAGAAGUUCCAUCUUUGGGGGUUCCACUUCCUGUCGUUGAUCGUCCUGACGGGGGAGAAAACGACAGCAUUGGAAACCUGCCCUCCAGUGGCCCCCUGCCCCCCCACCUGGUCAUCAAAGCUGCCGAUGAGGAGGAGGGCAGCAGUGGACCCAUCCCAGGAGUGACAGGACUGGGUUAUUCUGGAGGAGCGGCUCCUGGGAGGAGCAGAGGAGGAGGUGCAGAGUGGAGCAGAGGAGCCAACCUGAAGGAGUACUACUCCAGGAGGGAUGAGCAGGAGGCGCAGGCGACUCUGGAGUCGGAGGAAGUGGACCUCAACGCCAACCUCCACGGGAACUGGACCCUGGAUAACGCCAAGUCCAGACUGAACCAGUUCUUCCAGAAGGAGAAAAUCAGUGCUGAGUAUAAGUACAGCCAAGUUGGGCCGGACCACAACAGGAGCUUCAUAGCAGAGAUGCAGCUGUUUGUGAAGCAGCUGGGCAGAAGGAUCACGGCUCGAGAACACGGCUCCAACAAGAAGCUGGCGGCACAGUCGGUGGCUCUGUCUCUGGUCCGACAGCUGUAUCACCUGGGCGUCAUCGAACCCUACUCUGGAGUCACCAAGAAGAAGGAAGGAGAAACGCUGGAGCCCUAUGAUGUCAUCGUGUCCCCAGAGCUUCAGCAGCAGUUGGCCACUGUUGUCCAGGAACUGGGAGUCCAGCUCCCCCUGCAGCCCACAGACCCCAGCACCCCAGUGUCUCUGGUCCAGGGGAGGAUGGCCACAUUUGAACCAUCACAGUGCCACCCGGUGGCUGGAGUGGUUCCCUGGUCACCACCUCAGGUCAACUGGAAUCCCUGGAUCAGCAGCAACAUUGACGAGGGGCCGUUGGCCUACUGCACAGCGGAGCAGAUCAGCCGUGACCUGGAGGAGGAGCUGACGUUCCAGCUGAACCACGACGAGAACCUGCAAAAGGUCCUGAUGGAGCGGGACCAGCUGCCGGUCAAACGCUUUGAGCAGGAAAUCAUGAGCGCCAUCGACAACAACCCUGUGGUCAUCAUCAGGGGGGCCACAGGCUGCGGCAAGACCACCCAGGUCCCACAGUACAUCCUGGACCGCUACGUCAAAGGAGCGCGCGCUGCCGACUGCAACGUCGUGGUCACACAGCCCCGACGGAUCAGCGCCGUGUCUGUGGCCGAGCGAGUGGCCUACGAGCGAGGAGAGGAUCUGGGGAAGAGCUGCGGCUACAGCGUUCGCUUCGAGUCCGUCCUCCCACGGCCCCACGCCAGCAUCCUGUUCUGCACCGUGGGAGUUCUGCUGAGGAAACUCGAAGCAGGAAUCCGAGGCAUCAGUCAUGUGAUCGUUGAUGAAAUUCACGAGAGAGACAUUAACACAGACUUCCUGAUGGUUGUCCUCAGAGACGUGGUCCAGGCCUUCCCCGACGUCCGCAUCGUCCUCAUGUCGGCCACCAUCGACACCAGCAUGUUCAGAGAAUACUUCUUCAACUGUCCCGUCAUCGAGGUCUUUGGACGGACCUUCCCCGUUCAAGAGUACUUCCUGGAAGAUUGCAUCCAGAUGACCAACUUUGUCCCUCCACCCAUGGACAAGAAGAAGAAAGACAAGGACGAGGACGCAGGAGAAGACGACAUCAACUGUAACCUGGUCUGUGGACCGGACUACACCCCUGAGACCAAGAGGACCUUGGCUCAGAUCAGUGAGAAGGAGACGUCCUUCGAGCUGGUGGAGGCUCUUCUCAAGUACAUCGAGACGCUGCAGGUGAAUGGAGCUGUGCUGGUCUUCCUGCCGGGCUGGAACCUCAUCUACUCCAUGCAGAGACACCUGGAGACCAACCCACACUUUGGAAGUUAUCGCUACAGGAUUCUGCCGCUGCAUUCUCAGAUCCCCAGGGAGGAGCAGAGGAGGGUGUUCGAACCAGUACCUGACAACGUCACCAAGGUCAUUCUGUCCACGAACAUCGCAGAGACCAGUAUAACCAUCAACGACGUGGUCUACGUCAUCGACUCCUGCAAACAGCCGUAGGCUCUCUUCACCUCCCACAACAACAUGACCAACUACGCCACCGUGUGGGCGUCCAAGACCAACCUGGAGCAGAGGAAGGGUCGAGCUGGGAGGGUCCGACCCGGGUUCUGCUUCCACCUGUGCAGCCAGGCCCGCUUUGAGAAGCUGGAGACCCACAUGACCCCAGAGAUCUUCAGGACGCCGCUGCAUGAAGUGGCUCUGAGCAUCAAACUGCUGCGACUGGGAGCCAUCGGACACUUCCUGUCCAAGGCCAUCGAGCCGCCGCCACUGGACGCUGUGAUCGAGGCUGAGCACACGCUGAGAGAGUUGGAUGCUCUGGACUCCAACGACGAGCUGACUCCUCUGGGUCGGAUCCUGGCCCGUCUGCCCAUCGAGCCUCGUUUGGGAAAGAUGAUGAUCAUGGGCUGCAUCUUCAGUGUGGGCGACGCCAUGUGCACGAUCUCGGCAGCUUCCUGUUUCCCAGAGCCGUUCAUCAGUGAAGGCAAACGCCUCAGCUUCGUCCACAGGAACUUUGCCGGCGGUCGGUUCUCGGACCACGUGGCUCUGCUGGGAGUGUUCCAGGCCUGGGACGACGUCAGGAUGAACGGCGAGGAGGCGGAGUCUGGUUUCUGUGAACAUAAGCGUCUGAACAUGUCCACCCUGAGGAUGACCUGGGAGGCCAAGGUCCAGCUGAAGGACAUCCUGGUCAAUGCUGGUUUCCCUGAAGAGUGUCUCCUGACCCACAUGUUUAACACCGUUGGACCUGACAACGGCCUGGACGUGGUCAUUUCUCUCCUCACCUUUGGCUUUUAUCCAAACGUCUGUUACCACAAAGAGAAGAGGAAGAUUCUCACCACCGAGGGGCGCAACGCUCUGAUCCACAAGUCGUCCGUCAACUGUCCGUUCAGCAGCCACGACAUGACCUACCCCUCGCCGUUCUUCAUCUUUGGAGAGAAGAUUCGGACUCGUGCCAUCAGUGCCAAGGCCAUGACCAUGGUCAGUCCUCUCCAGCUGCUGCUCUUUGGCUGUAAGAAGGUCAGCUCUGAUGGAGAGGUGGUGGAGCUGGACGACUGGAUCAAACUCAGGGUUCCUCAUGAAGUGGGCGGGGCUGUGGUGGCCCUGCGCGCUGGACUGGAGGCCUUGGUGGUGAAAGUGACCGAGGACCCACAGUUCGUGACCCAGAUGGACCAGAACCACCAACGACUGCUGAACGUCAUCAGACAGGUGUCCAGGCCGGCGGCGGCGGGAAUCAACCUGAGCGCUAACAAGCACAGAAUGGGUGACGGGCCCCGCCCACCCAAGAUGGGGCGCUUUGAUGGAGGAGGUGGUCGUGGACAAGGNGGUGGAGGUUAUGGAGGAGGUGGGGGUUACGGAGGAGGUGGGGGUUACGGAGGAGGGCACAGGGGCAGAGGAUACAGGGGAGGUUAUUGAUGUGAUGAUGUCAGGAGCUUGUUUAUAGGCAGGUGAUUGAUGAUGUCACUGUGGUCACAGGUGGGUGGGUGUCAUGUGACCAUGUCAGUCCAAAACUGUUAAUAAAGUCUCUAGUUCCUUCAGUUCAGUUCAGCCCAGACGGUCUGAGACCACGGUCGGCCCCCAGACUGGGGUGACCUUUGACCUUAGUCAUUGUAUCUGUGUCACGUGAUGAGCUGUGCUCCCUUUGAUUUGAUCAGGUUUCUUUCAACAAUCCAAAAUAAAGUGUUUUCAAAUCAGAGAAACA